AUGGAAGAGUUGGUUCAACGCGCCAAACUUGCCGAGCAGGCCGAGCGUUAUGAUGACAUGGCCGCUUCAAUGAAGAAGGUUACCGAACAAGGCUCGGAAUUAUCCAACGAAGAGCGCAAUUUGCUCUCUGUUGCUUACAAAAACGUCGUUGGAGCUCGCCGUUCGUCGUGGAGAGUCAUCUCUUCGAUUGAACAAAAAACUGAGGGAUCUGAGAAGAAACAACAACUUGCUAAGGAAUACAGACUCAAGGUCGAGAAGGAGCUCAAUGACAUAUGUCAAGAUGUUCUCAAGCUUCUUGAUGAUUUCCUCAUUCCAAAGGCUCAGGCUGCCGAAUCCAAAGUUUUCUAUCUCAAGAUGAAGGGAGACUACUACCGCUAUCUCGCCGAGGUCGCGUCUGAGGACAGACAGGCCGUCGUUGAGAAAUCUCAGAAGGCUUAUCAGGAAGCCUUUGAUAUUGCCAAGGAAAAGAUGCAACCAACUCAUCCAAUUCGUCUUGGUCUUGCUCUCAACUUCUCGGUAUUCUACUACGAGAUCUUGAAUGCUCCAGACAAGGCUUGUCAGUUGGCUAAGCAGGCCUUCGAUGAUGCCAUUGCUGAGCUUGACACGUUGAACGAGGACUCAUACAAGGACUCUACCUUGAUUAUGCAACUUCUCCGUGACAAUCUUACUCUCUGGACUUCUGAUGCUACAACUGACGACCAGGAACCAGCCGGAGAAUUGGACAAUUAA